AUGGCGGAGGAGAAUGAGGAACGUGUCGAUGGAGUCGAAGACGGCCCAGUUGAAGCUGUAGAAGAGCCCGUGAAGGAAGGCGUGGAUGGGAAGAUGGAUGAUCUCUUUGGUGAUGAAGAACAGGAAUCAGGGCCAGAGGAGAGUGGUGAUGGCGAGGAGAAGACCGAGGAAAGUGAGAGCGAGGGGGAGAACGACGAAAGACCAGGUCGUGGUGGAACGGAGACGGACGAUGAAGAAGCAGAGGAGCAGGCAAUGUACACAAGGAAGUUCUAUGGAGAGGACGCAGAUAACGCAAGCGAUGAGGAGGAAGCAGCACACCGUUUUAAGGAGCAGGAUGUAGAGUUGGUGAGACAUAUUGUUCCUUACAAGACUGUCGAUGACGAAAAGGAGGGAAAAUCGACGAUUUAUUACGCGAAGGUUCCAGAGUACUUGACAAUUGAUCCUGUGCCAUUCGAUCCGCCCAGCUUCAAGUCGAAGGUGGAACAGAGGCUGAAGUCUUCUUCAAAAGAGGAUCAGCUUGGGGACCGUUUGAUCGAUGAGAACACGAUCAGAUGGAGGUAUUCGCGGGAUGAGAACCAGCAGGUUUACAAGGAAUCGAACGCUCAGAUUGUGCAAUGGUCGGACGGGAGUUUCUCGCUCAAGUUGGGAGCUGAGUACACGGAUAUUCUGGUGAACGACACAGAUAAUACGUUUUUCGCGGUUUCGCACGACCAGCAGGAACUGAUGCAAUGCUACCAGGGCGGAGAAAUCACCAAGUCGCUGAUGUUCAUCCCGACGUCGACAAACUCCAAGAUGUACCAGAAACUGACAAAGGCAGUCAUCCGGAGAGACCAGAAGCAGGCAUCCGGUCCGGGAGUCUACAUCGUGAACAGAGACCCAGAGCUUGAGAAGAGUGAGCUGGAGAAGAAACAGCAGCAAGUUAUCAGGGAGAGAAGAAGAAGACAGCUGAAAGAAACCGAGAGCCGAAACUCCCCGGAUCCGUCGUCCGGGCUGGGCAGCUACAGGAGGAAUCCCGUUGCGUCAGAGAACGAACAGGACGCAUUCUACGGCAGCAGCAGGAGAAAUGAAUACGAGCAGGAUGAUUUCCUUGUAGAUGACGACGAGGAGGAAGAAGCGCCCUACAGUGACGAAAAUGAUGUUCUAGAUGACAACGACGAAGAAAUAGAUGCCGAAGAGGCAAACGCAGAACGGCUAAGACAACUGAAGAGAGAGGGCGCUGAGAAAUACAGGGACCGGGAGUCCGGAAGCGAUUUCACGACAAAGAGAAGAAAAGUUGCCAUUAUCGACGACGACGACGACGAGUGA